CACUGCCCUGUCAUUCAGCUCUGCUGGGGUUCCCUGGGGGCCUUCCUUCCUUUCCUCCAGCUACCAUCCACUGUCCUGGCCCCUUGCUUGUGGCCUAUGAUUUCCCUCCAACUGUCACUCCAGGAGAGCAGCCGUCUCCUUGUGGGGGGCAGGGCCAGAUGCUGGUUGGUGGUAGCAGGUGAACAAGAUGUGCUCCCAGCUUGGGAUCUCCUCUUGGCUUCAAAUGGUGUGUUGUUAUCAGUGGGCAGGUCCCCCAAGACCACUGCCUUGUCCCUCAACAGGAUAUUGCACUCCACAAACUGAGGCCCCAGUGGAUUCUUUCCCCAGUGGUACUUCUUACCCACACGGUAUUCAUAGUUCAUCAGAGGGCUGGUACAGAUGAAGACCUCAGUGUCCUGCAUGUUGUUUAUCUCCUGUAUGGCUUCCAAGGCUCCAGGGAUAAGCUCCAAGGCUAGGAAAAAAGCCCUGGGCUUCAUACACACUGGCCACUUUGUCUGCUGGGUCCCGCCACAGAGCUUAGUACUGAGAAACACUAAAUCCAAGUUGUAUUUCCAGUGCCACUUGUGGCUCCCCUAGGAGGCUGCAGCAGAAGCCCCACAGGAGGCUGGCCUCAAAGUUGGCCAGCAUGCUGUCUAUGUCCACCAGCACCCACACGGGCCAUGGGUGCCAGGCCUGGGAGGCUGGGGAGGCCUGAUGGGGGGCUGGGAUAAUUGUAUAGAGAGCCACAUGUUUGAUGCUCCAGCCACAUCCUCCUUCUCUUUUGUCCACAUCUUGCUUCUGGCAGCUACUGGGGUUUAAAUUUCCAGGCAGAGCAAAACUAUCCUUUAGUAGAAAAAAAGGCAAAGAAUGGAGAUGGUGUGGACUUAGAGAAGCAAGAGCAAAAUAGAUGAGGGUGGAGAGAGAACAGGCAGCAUUACCUUUUCAGAAGAUGCUGUAGGAGCAAAGGGAUAGACCAAGGAUGGGAACCCUGAGGAGUAGACCCUGAGAUGCACGUGUAAUUCUUUAUAUUUUUAAAUCAGUUUCAUGUCUAUGAUCUCAUUUUGCAUAUCACAGCCACUCUGUGUAUGCAGGGGACACAUUUUUUUCUACUUUACUGAUGAGAAAACUGAGGCAUGAAAAGUUACAGCCAUUUACUCUAGAUCGCAAAAUUCUAUAUUAGUCCAUGUUCAGGAUAGAUUAUAUCACACAGCAAAUUCAGAAAUUGCUUUCCUCGUAUUUCAAAUUUUAAACCAGUGUCAUGAACAGACUAUUAGGAGGGAAAGAUAUUUUCCUUUAUUUUAUACUUGAACCAUAUGGCUAUUUCAAUAUUUUUUUACUUAACCACAAUUUCUCUAAAUUUCAUUGUUCAUGGUGAAGCAUUUGACUAAAAUAUAGCAAAACUACUGUGCCUUUCAAGGGGGUCAAAAUGUUUUCUGUGGAUGGAAACGUGUCAUGUGAAUAAAGAUGAAAGCAGCUUUGUUGUACUCCUCUUCUGGGAAUCUUUUUAGGGAUAUUACCAAAGUCAAGAAUAGAUCAGAAAUGAAGAAAAGAUGGGAAUAAAAGAAUAGCUUUCAUGGAAAAUUGAAAUCAUUCCUUUAAAGUUCACAAUUUCCACCCUGAUGAUAGAUCCCCAGCCUUGCAGGAUGGGCUCUUCCUAGAUAGAAAGGUGACAGCCACGAGAGGAUUUUGAUGCAACUGUGAUUGAUGUCGGCAGGUCCAGACAGUGAUACUUUAUUACGAAUUUAAUGGACAUUUAUUAAGCUGAUUCCAUGGGAGCAGCCCUGGGCUAGAUGGGGCUAGUACAUACAAAAGGAGGAUGCAAUCUAUGAAGGUUUGGGGCACCAGUUAGGGAUCGAAAUUCCACUGAUUUGAGUUGUUGCACCCUCAUUCCAUGCCAGGUGCUCUCAACACCAUCAUUUUGUGUCUGCCUCCCACAAGCCCUGACUGAACAGCAUGAUUCUCCCUCAUGCAAGGUGAGGGUACAUGGAGAGAUUUGGUGACUUCCCCAGGGACGAGGUGGCUGCCCCAGGUCUUUUGUAUCCAACUAAAAAACUCUUGUCUCUCAGCCAGACAGGAAAGAGCUAGAGAAUAAUGGAGUCGCAGCCUAAAGUUGGGACAUGUGUCUAAUAUGCAGAUUUAUGCUUUCAGCCAUGAUGCCGGAAUUCAAAAUGAGAGCCAGACCCUUGUGGGCCAGUGUUCUCACCUACGCUUCAUAGAGAAGACAAAACAUGAGCAUUUCAGUGCUUCUUUAAUAAGUGAAGUGGUUGUGGAAAUAUUUGCAAGGAGGAAACACCUUUUUAGUAGAGAAGUUUCCUUGGCUAGUUAACAGAACCUUUUCUUUCUUGGGUUAAAUGUAGUCACUUCUAUUAUAUCCUGAAGCGUCUGGCUCUCCCAGUACAGACAUGUGAACACUGCCACGGGCCUGGAAUGUCUCAAGAGGGUAAGAAUAGCCCGCAAUGAGAGAUGACUCCUGCUGUCUUCUGGUCACUGCAGUUGUCAAGAACACUUUGCCUCAGAGGCCAACAGCUCAGGGCCGUCUCUGCUCGGAGACAGAAAAACUGACCUCCCAUUCCUGGGCUCACAGCUUUCCCUUUAUAUCUGCAGCUCUCACCUUUAAGUCUUUUGUAGCAGUACGUUUAUUGAUACGUUUAUUCCUGCAAAGAUUUUCCACCUUCUUGGAGAAGUGUUCUUGGAGAACACAGGCUUCCGAUGUCUCCAGCAGCCUUGAGUCUGCGACACUCAGGAGACAUGGAACGUUUGGACCUGCUGGGAUUCCUUCUCAUCACUGUCAACUGCAACAUGACCAUUGUGGUGUCUACGUGGUCCACAAAGGGGCUGUGCUCGCCGCCUGUGGACUCUCCGGGCCAGACGGCGGUCCCACCCGUCCUGACCCCUGUGACCGGAGCCCUGGGGACAGGCGCCGCCCUCCGCCCUGCAGGGAGCCGCGCCACCUGACCGUGCCGGACUUCUCCUCCAGCUACAUCGUCCACCUCUUUCUUCGGAUGCUGACCGAGGCAGCUUUUGGUGCCUCACAUUACCUCCUCUUUGGAUUCUUGGUCCCCAAGAGAUUCUCUUGUACCCACUCUCCCUGCACCGGCGUGGUGGACUGUUACGUCUCCCGGCCCACGGAGAAGUCCAUUAUGAUGCUUUUCAUGUGGGCAGUCAGUGCGCUCUCCCUGCUGCUCAGUGUGGCCGACCUCAUCUGCAGCGUGCGCUGGAGGACAAGCGGGGGCUGGGGCCCCGCCGAAGAUCCCCCGGGCCCCGCCGCCGGCCGCCGGCUCUCCGGGAGCCUGGGCGCUAAGCCGGGUCAGAUGUCCCGCGACGGUGGGUGGGUGGAGGAGGGGGCGCCCAUCCACCUCGGCCUGUGGACUGGAGGGGAGGGUGCCGACAGCCCCAGUGGUAAGUCAGCUGUGUCAGGGCGGAUGGGGCUUCCCGAUGAAGAUGAGAGCGAGGUCAUAUCCUCUGCCAGCGACAAGCUGGCCACGACUUGCAAGGAGCCCGGGAGUAGGCCGCACGGAGAGGUCUCCCAGGACCCCAGGGGCGAAGGUCCCACAAGGUCAGAGGAGCAUCCCUUAGCGUCUCGGAGCCGGCUUGGCCGGCGCUAUCCAUGUGGUCAGCUACAGCCCCCCGACGGGCUCGCCAACUCCAGAUCCAGAAAGUCUGAGUGGGUCUGAAGAGGGAAUGCCGGGCAGCCCCGGGGCGCACCGUUCUCUCCAGAUGGGACGUGGCUCACGAAGACGCAGACUCACUUUGGCCCGUGUGAAAGUUUACCCACUAGGUUCCCGGAGAACAUCAACAGGCAGAAAGGCGAGCCGCCAUGGGACACAGGGACUUCGUGGGAGACUAAUAUCCUCGAGAUACAGAUUUAAUUUAGAUAACAAUUUCUCUUGACAAAAGCACUUGACAUUGUGCUUUUGACAAUGUGACUGGAAGCUAAAAUGAUUAAUUGGAGAGUGUCAGGUGACAGAUGAU